GACAAGGCUUAAUCGCAUUCCACACACCAGUAUUUGACCCGAAAAUGCGCCUUCACCCCCCGAGAUUCAUACAAUCACGUGACCGAACAGCCUGCUUUUCUCGCACUCACACGACCCAACUUGAACCACGUAAUCAAACGGAACGCGAUGGAUGUUAAGUACACUAGUAGUCCCCCCCUUAGCCCUAACUCUACAAUACGCAUAAUCACAUCUCACAAUGGCCAAGGUUAAGAAGUCUGUUAAUGCUGACCCGGAUCCAGUGAUUAAGAUCACUCCGGUAAAGACCAGUGCUGCCGCUGCUGUCACCACCACCUCGGUAGUGUCCUUCACCCAGACGUUGCAAAAAACGUUGGAGGCCUAUAAAUCAUCGCUCACGCCUAAGUUUGCGCUUAUCGACAUUUUCCUUGGGUUUUUGGUGGCUCUUGGAGCUUUGCAAUUUGUGUUCUGCUGCCUUGUGGGCAACUUCCCCUUCAACGCAUUCCUCGGUGGGUUCAUCUCCACAGUGGGUCAGUUCGUCUUGACGGUCAGCUUGAGAUUGCAGUUUGACGACGAAAACAGGGUUGCGAUCUGGAAGGGUCAGGGCAAGGAGAUGAAGUGGAGAGCAAUGGGCGAUUACAUAUUCGCUAGUUUGGUCUUGCACUUUAUUGUGUACCACUUCAUCAACUAGUGGCAUCCAGGCGACGACAUUCCAAACGUGUAUAGUAUACCAUGCUGAAUAAACUUGUGAUCAUUGA